UUAUGCACCAUUAAUCCCCAGUCACGGGUGCCAUCUUCUCCCGCCAUCUUUUCUCUCGGUAUUGGCAAUACUUCCCUUUUUUAUUCUCAAACCCUAGCUUUCUCUUUCUCUGCUAUUCUCUCCAAUCUCCAUCAACAAUCGAUUGCCGUUGCUGCUGUUCCCUCCAUCAACAAUCGACUGCCCCUUAUAGAGAUAUUGAGAAUAUAACUCGAGAUAUCUCCAAGUCACCAAACAAAGCCCUCAAAUCUCUGAUUUUGGACCUCGAGAUAUGUGCUCUAAAACAAGAGCAAUGGCUGAAAUUUAUUGAUAGGAUUAUUGAAUGCAUGAGAAUCGAACAUGCGAGGCAGAAAUAAAACUCCAAAAAACUCCAAUGAUGCAACAAAGUGCACCAAUCUCGUUCCUCAAGAACUAAUUUGCUAUGAGGGAGAAAGUCUUGCUCGUCUCCUCAAAUCAAUCGAAAGGGAGAUAGAGUCAGCAAGACAAUUGGACAAAGCUUUGCCUGAUAAAAUAUGGCUCAAGCAACAAUUUUCAAUUGGGGUCAAUGAUGUCACACGGGUGCUUGAACGAAUGCCUCCAAUUUCUGUGAUGGGAAACUCUGCUCAGCAGCCUCUUAUAAACUGCAGAGAUUGUGAAGCUUCACCAGUUCAGCUUCAGGCCAUACUAAUAGCUUCUGACUGCAACCCUCGGUGGCUGACAAAGCAUCUUCCAAGCAUGGCCUCUUCAAGGAAGGUACCACUGAUCUUUGUGAAAGAUAAGAAAGGGGGUUCUUUAAGGUUAGGUGAACUAGUCAGGUUGAAAACAGCAAUUGCCAUUGGGGUUAAGGCUAAAGGAAACGCUAUUAAUCAACUUGUUGAGGAAAUCAUCCGUGGCAAUGAAAUACAUGACAGAACUGAUUGCCUGAACUCAACUGAGAUGCCUGGUGCACCCUGUCAGUAACCAUAUUUGAUCAUCGGCUUAUCAACAUCCAGUCGCAGCAGAAGGGGACAUAUUAAACAUCAGCACAAAACCAAGUGACCAUAAAGCAUACACGAUGCAUUGGACCAUCCAUCGUGGUGCUCAUUUUCCCCUUUUCCCCCUCUUUUCGGACGGGAAAUUAUUAAGUAGUCCAGGAUCAUAAGCCACUUGGUUGUUCAGUCCAAUCAAAACUACUUUGAUUGAUCCGCCUAUCUUAGUCGGAGAGUUUUGAUUAGACUAGAUCACAUGGUCCAGGUCCAUUUAAUAAUUUCUCACUAAGCUAUCAAAUCAAAUGCUAUCAGCUCUAAGCUUGUCCACAUGUUUGAAGCUAUAUAAGGCCUUAAGAAUGCUAUUCACCAUUCUUAAGAAUGUAUUAUGUACAUAUUUGGUGAUGAUACCAUUAAAAUAUUCAUGUCCAGACAUGCUGUUUGGGGCUUUGCUUAUAAGUCAUGUCAUGUUCUUUAGUUAUUUAACCUACUGAAUGAAUUGAGACCCCUUAACCACCUCUAUUCUCGUUUGAUGAGUUUACUUGUCUCGGAGUGUCUUGUUCUUUAUUUAUUUAUUUUUUACCAUAAUACCUUGUUUGGACUCACUAUGUAUCAUUUGAUAAUACCUUUCGUUCAA